GCACUGCAAUACCAGAGGAUUCCUACCAUUGUCACCGCGGGGCAUCAUCACCAUCAUCAUCGUACUGCUGGACAACUGACCGAGCACCCUAGCAUCAUAGUGUACGCAUCAUCUCGUCGAUCGAUACGCACUCACACCCCGACUGCCCAGGCCAACAAUGGCUGCCGUCGCAGCCCACGGCCCUGCAGCCUCGUCCUCAUCUUCCACUUUCCCACCACGGCCUUCCAAUCUCCUCACCAUCUUCCAAGCCCACUUCCACACUCGCAGAGGCAACGAGCUCACUUUCCAAUCAGGACAUGAUCUCGAUCUCGCCGGAGUAGAAUGGAAGGUCCUCCCCAGUGGCUCUCACGCUCUCUCCUCCGACCUGCUCUGGUUUACCCUGCCCGACACCGCAGAGGGCGAGGGCCAUGGAUAUGAUAAAGUCGGUGUGGCUUGCUUUAGAAACAGGAAGCUGACGGGGAGUGCAGAGGAAGAGGCUGAUGCUGAGACGGAGCAGAGCGGCGGCGGGACAGAUGCAAAUCAGCAGGAGGCCAGGAGGUUGGAUGAGAGAGGGGCUCGUAUGACCGCCGUGGGAGUCAUAAUAGCGAGUCAAUCCUCGAUUCCUUCACAUCAGCUCGCUGCAGUCCUGCCGCAUCUCGAGGCACUGUCCCUACUAGCAGACGCCUCGUCUCUCCAGCCGCGCAACCACUCAGUACUCAAGAACUUCCUGGAGUCUCAUCGCUUCAACACUGCCUCCUCGGCGGCAUGCUUCCCAUCUCUUCAUGUGCGAUCCCCUGCGCCAUUGACGCGGUGGCCCGAGUCCAUAUACGACCCCCUCCUGGAUCUGCCUUCCAUCGUCAAUGCCCUCGGUCUCAUACUGCCCGAUGUGCUCAGAUCGCUACUCGUAUCUGGUACAAGGCUACUCCUCUUUUCACCUCAGGGAGUGGAAACCAGAAGUGCAGCUAGUAUUGCCUGGACCUUGGCCGAAAUUGUGGAAGCAGCUCUCACAAUUGCUGAUGAGAAUGAAGAGAGGGAUGAGGAGGCUGCCCUCAGUCCUAAGCUACAGAGACUGCACCAGCAUAUCCCACAAGUACGAGGCAUCAUUGGACUGCAUGAGAUCUCGCAUCUGCAGGACGAAGAAGCUCGCAAGAAGCAGGCCGCUACUAUGAGUGGAGUCAGACCAAAGCGAGGCUGGAUCGCCUGGACGACUGACAAGCUGACAAGGUGCGACCGUGCUGUCCGCCUACGACGGCUCAGCUAAAGCAAAUGGUGGUGCUCCAAUCUUCUACAGAGUCGAGCGACCAGACGUAUCUCUCGCCAGUGGUCAUACGCAGGGUAGCGCUAGCAAGCGACCAUUGCCUGCCAAGCUGAAG